AUGGACAAAACCUUGGCUCAAAGCGAAUGCACUAAACUGGACCCUAAAGCCUCGUUGAUGGUCAUCACCUCGAGUGAUGAGCAAGAGUUUGUCAACAAAAUGUUGACUAACUAUAGCCAGUAUACGGACAAAGUAUGGACCGGAAUGAAUAAUGUUAAAACGGCAGAUGUCUAUAACAACUGGGUCGAUGGCAUUCCAUAUGAAUACACAACACAGAUUACCAUGACCAGGAAUUAUAAUAAUAAUUACCAGGAUACAAUAAAGAUGCCGUUUUGCGUGCAAAUGUCAGUAAAUGCUCACUUUAUGGGCAAAUGGUAUUCCGAGCCCUGCGGUCGACGGGCCUAUGCUGUCUGCCAGCGGCGCCAGGAAUGGACUCUAACAAUAUUGAGCACAGCUCUGGAAAAUGUGACCAUGCUGGUUAAUAACCAACAAGCCAGAAUUAAUGAGCUAGAGCGAAAUGUUUCUCAAACCCAACUCAACAAAGCUAUUGAUAAGCCUAAUGACGUACAAAAUGACGCGUCUUAUAGCGGUAACUUAAGGUCGAUACCAAUAGGGUUUGUAUACAUUCAGCUGCCCAACCAGUCCGAACCCAUACACCUAUGGCCGCAAUCAAAGUGGACUGAUAUAACCAAUGAGUACAACGAUGUCAUUAAGAACAAUAAACAUGAUAAGAAAAUUAUUGAAAUAAAUAAGUUAAUUGAAAAGUGGGCCGAUCUAAAUGAAAAUUCAACCACUGGACCCGAUCUUUGGAAACAAAUGGAUUGGGUUGAAUUGACCAAGGACGUUCCUACACCACAAACCAACCAUACGGUUAAGCAACAGUCCAUAAAGAAAGGCAACAUUAUAUGGAAACGUAUUGAUUGA